AGGGAGAGGAGGAAACAGAAGAAAGUGGGAGGAGACUUCUAAGGAGUAAUCUCAUGAGGUCUAGAGGCCAUUUCUAAACCCAGAAGUCUUCAGCUCCAUUUCAAAGCAUGGAGAAUUCAGAAGAUAAGGAGUGGAACUCCACAGAGAAACUGAGUGAAAGAAAUGGAACAUUCCAGGGCACAACAAUGUUAAUGGAAUGUCAGACUACUGAUGAACCAAGUACAUCUGAUUCACAAGAAACUGCCCCAAAGAGGACAAAACGAAAAAGAAAUGGGAAGUACUCAGAUGCCUUCUUUUCACAAGAUGAUGACACAGAAAAAAAGAAGAAGAUAUCAAUUCCUCCACUGCCCUCUAAAAUGCCUCCUGUAUACCUGCUUCACCGAGACAUUGUUCGGGCAUGGUCCCGUGAGUUAAACUUGAGUACCAAAGGCCAGAAAUUAGAAGUGUAUAAGAGAAUCUGUGACCAUGCCUAUCCAAAUCAAACGGACUUCCCUAAUAAUGCAAAGGAGGCCAGGAUCCUGACACAAUCACAAAGGGAAGCAAGGCUGGACCUGGGAGAAAUAACUCCAGAAAGUUUGGUGGGGAUGAAUCCUCUCAGAGUGACUCCUCCCAUUAAGGAAGAAGUGUCUCCUCUUGAAGGGCCUACCACUUUGCUUGAAGGAGUUGAUACGUCAUCUCCCUCCUGCGCUAGCACUGGAGCCAUGUCUGGAAAAGCAGAAAAAGUACAAAAGCCGUCAGCACAGAAAUCUGGUGGUGACAAGUGGUGUGUCGUUCAUGGGAGAAGUUUCUCUACAAACAGAAAAGGCUGGGUUCGCCUGCAGUUUCACGCGGGACAAGUCUGGGUACCUGAAGAAGAAGGGCGAGUGUGUGCUCUCUUCUUGCUUCCUGCCUGCACUUUUCCACCCCCGGACCUGGAAGACAACAUGUUGUGUCCCAAAUGCAUCCAAAAGAAUAAAGUACUGAUGAAAAGCCUUCAGUGAAAUCAUAGAAAAUGACAAAAAUCGCAGCUCCUUGGUGCCAGUGACAGCUAAACAUCCAGCCUCCUCCAUAACUUCCAUGCUCUGCAUUCUCAGUUUAAUGAUGUCAGACUUAAGUAUUUUAAACCAAAGGGGAAGCUUAUUGUUAAUAUAUAAAGUGAUAUGUUUAAUAACCUGAAACUUAUGGUAUGCUUCUAGGAUAUGCAGGCCACUUGUUAGUAUUAUGUAUGUCCACUAACAGCUGUUUUGUGUAUUUCUUUUUUUCUUUUUUUUAACCACAGCACUACUCAGCUCUGGCUUAUGGUGGUACAGGGGAUUGAACCUGGGACUUUGGAAUCUCAGGCAUGAGAGUCUGUUUGCAUAACCAUUAUGCUAUCUACCCCUGCCCGGUUUGUGUAUUUCUAUUGCUUAGAAAUGUUUACCAUUGCUUUCAAUCUGGAAGUAUGAUAUACUGUAUUAAAAUUUUCCUUAUCCUAUUUUAGGAGAUUUUGUACAUUGUAUAUAGAUUAUGUUCUUAGGAGAAAUAAAUUGGAAACCAUGA